AUGUCUCAACAGCCGAACGAUGGGGUGUAUAAGGACGACAUGUUCCAAAUCAACUACGCCCUAACCAAUGCCCUCUCACACGUGAUGGUAGCCGUCCGUCACAGCAUGAGCUCCUCCAAACCGACCCCGCCACUCCAACAACAAGCAAGAGCAGCAGCACCAGCACCCGCGCAAAAAAGACGCCUCAACCCCGACACACCGACCCAACAUCGUCGACAACUGAGAACCCGCCACCAACGACGACAACGCAACAGCCGCCGCCGCCCACCAACACCGACAAGAAAACCCACCCACAACCACCACCACCACGGCCGACCACGCACCCCCAAACUUGAAGCGGCCGAGGAAACCGACGCUCACGUGUCGCGAUAUAUCGCGAGAAGAAGAAGAAAGGAAGAAGACAAACGACGGCAUAACAACCGUCACCAACGACAGCGAGAAAAACCGAAGAAACAAAAGACAGCGCCCUCUUCUUCUACGAAGAUAGGUAUCCAAGAACGUCGGGAGUCAGGAGAAGAAACAACUGUCGAACUCGACGCUGAAUUACAGAGGCUCGUGGCUGAGCUGGUGGACUGUAGCGCCGCGUGA